AUGAAGUUUACUACAGCUGCUGCUCUUCUGGCUCUUUCGCCUUUGACAGAGGCUACUAAGCCUCUGGUGAGCUCAAAGAAGCUUCAGAAGCUCAUCACCGAGAAGGGGUUGAUGCACAACUUGAAAAAACUCAACGACAUCGCAUACGCCAACGGAGGAAAUCGCGCCUUCGGUCUUCCAGGCUACGCCGCCUCAGUUGACUUCAUCUACCACGAGAUCUCCAAACUAAAGGGCUUCAAGACCUGGAAACAAGAUUUCCCCGCCAACUUCACUCAAACGCUUGCGGCUGAGGUCACCGUCGAUGACGAGACUUUCAGAACUGUCGCUUUGACUUAUACACCCAGUACUUCUGAGGAUGGUGUAACAGCUGAGCUUGUUCAUGGUCCUGAAGGUACAGCUGCAUGUGAUGCCGCAAACUACGAGGGGCUAGAUGUUGAAGGAAAGGUUGUACUCGUUGAGCGCGGUCUUUGCCCUGAUGGAACUACAUUUGCUGGAAAGGUCAAACCCGCCGCAGCAGCAGGUGCUCAAGUGGUUGUUAUUUAUAACUCCGAUGAAGCGAAGCUUACAGCCGGUACUCUAUCGGCACCCAACCCAAAGGAGUACGUUCCCACUGGACUUAUUGAUCAAGACCCCGGAAAGGCACUGAAGGCUCGUCUCGAUGCUGGCGAGAAACUCGAAGUGUUCGUCAAGAUCAUCCAGACCAUAGAAACCCGCAUCACCCAGAACGUCUUUGCCGAAACUAAAGGAGGCGAUGGCGAGAACGUCGUCAUGCUGGGAGCUCAUCUUGACUCCGUCCAAGCAGGACCUGGCAUCAACGACGAUGGAUCAGGAACUUCGCUUAUCCUCGAGACAGCCAAGGCUCUACAGCACUUUUCCACCAAACUCAAGGUCCGAUUUGGAUGGUGGGGCGCCGAGGAGAACGGUCUCGUCGGAUCACGCUACUACGUCAACAACCUCAAGACCGAUGAUAUUGAUAACCUCUUGGCUUAUCUCAACUUCGACAUGGUAUCUCGUGGUUUCUUUGGUGUUUUCGACGGAACAGGCGAGAAGAUAGGUCCCGGUGGACCUCCCGGCUCUGAUGUCAUCGAGGAUCUCUUCCGAGAGUUCUUUGAGAAGGAAAAGAUCGAAGUUACACCCGUUGGUCUCACCGGUGGAACCGACUACGUUGCCUUCCGUGAGGUCAUUAAAAAGCCAGUUGGUGGUCUUUUCACUGGCACUGGUCUCGAGCAGGAUGCGUGUUAUCACCAAGCUUGCGACAACAUUACUAACCCUGUUCCUGAGACGCUUCACAUUAAUGCGAAGGCUGCUGCACAUGUUUUGAGCAAGCUUGCUAUUGAUGGUGUUAAGCUCAUUCCCAAGAUACCGUCCAACACCACCGUUGGUUCUAUCAAGAGGGUUAGAGACGCUGCUUCGUUGCAUUUACAUGAUGUCACUGGUUUCGAGGGAAAGCCUUGUGACCAUGAUAUCAUCUAG